AUGGCUGCACUAACCCCUCCAGAGGGUCAGUCACGGGAGAUGUUCUUCCUCAGCAGAAUGAGCGAGCAGUUAGAGAAUCAACCUGACAUCAUUCUGCCAGUGGGGACAGUGACGAGUGUCCUUUCCACGGCCCUGUCUGUCGCAGACAGCAUGUCCCCUGCGAAGGGUGGGGGCAGCAGCUCAGAGGCGGCCAGUGUCCUCCUGAAAGUCUCUGAAAGGCUGGUGUCGGCCCUGGUUGAGCCCACGCAGACACAGUCCACAAAAACUGUGAAGACGCCUGCCAUGGGAUCUGCUGCUGCUGUGUUCAUGUCUGUUAAUGGGAUGGAGAAGCUUAUGAGCUCCAGUUUCUUCAAGACUGAAAACAUCACAGAAAUGUACUCUGACAUCAUCUCUGCCACAUUGCCCAAAACCAAUGACACAAAGCUCCCUGAGCCUGUUAACUUCACACUCCUCCACAAAAAGGGUAGUCCUCAGCCUGGGCUGCUGACCUGUGUGUACUGGGAGGACAGGGGGACGGAGAAGCAGUGGUCAGUGGAGGGGUGCACAGCCUCCUUCUCCAAUGAGAACUACACAGUAUGCAGCUGCUCCCACCUCUCCACCUUUGCCCUGAUCCUGCAGACGGCAGAGGGUGGUGAAAAGGACAGCCAGCUGCUGGAGUGGGUCAACCUGGUCUGUGUGUGUGUGGGCCUGGCCUUCCUCGGCCUCGCCAUCCUCUCCUUCCUGCUCUGCAGCUGGAACCCAAAGAUCAACAACACCGCCCGCCUCCACCUCUGUAUCUGCCUCUUCCUGGCUCAGCUGCUCUUCCUGGUGGGCGUGUCCCGGACUGAGAAUGCACUGGUGUGCUCAGCCAUUGCCGGCAUUCUGCACUUCUUCUUCCUGUCCGGCUUUGUGUGGAUGCUGCUGGAGACAGUGCAGCUCUACCUGCUGGUCAGGGGCCUGACCAAGGUGCAGGUCAUCCAGAGGGAGGGGCUGAGGAGGCGGUACCUGCUGCUGAUUGGCUAUGGAGCUCCCCUAGUGGUGGUGGGAGUGUCUGCAGGGGUCUUCCCAGACGGCUAUGGUAGCAAAGAACAGUGCUGGUUAAACAAAGAUCAUUACUUCCAGUGGAGCUUUAUUGGUCCAGUUUGCGCUAUUCUUGCAUUCAACUGGAUAUUAUUUUGUGUGAUUCUUUGGAGCCUGCGGACUACACUGGCUAACAUGAAGAGUGACAUCUCCCAGGCAAAAGACACCAGGCUGAUCAUCUUUAAAAUUCUGGCCCAGUUUUUCAUUUUGGGCUGUGCCUGGAUCCUGGGAUUUUUCCAGUCCACCACCAUGUUAAAAUACCUCUUCAUCGUCCUCAACUCACAGCAGGGCACCUUCAUCUACAUUGUUCACUGCCUGCUCAACAAAGAUGUACGAGAAGAGUACAAGAGAUGGCUGACAUGUCAGUGUAAAGCUACGGAGGGUGGUACGCAGGAGGACCUACCUGCAGUGGCCUCCAGAGCCUUGUCAGCAAAAUAG